AUGGCAACGUUUCCUGAGUCGCAGCAGGAGCAGCAGCAAUCGAUGUCGUUGUGUAAAUUUUACGCUCGAGGAGCCUGCCGUAAUGGAGCGCGAUGCCCGUUCGCACAUGUAGCCAUCGAUCGUAGCACGGAUGCUUCUCCGUACCAGGAUACUACUGCUACUGCAGCUGGCCAUGCCAAGAUCCAGCUGCCUUGUGGAACACUAACCAUUACGCUUUCAUUGGAUGGUAUCGGUGAAAAGCGCGUUGUUACGGCCGCUCCAGGCGUAGAUUCCCAAACGCACACUAAGCUCACAUCGCACACUAACAACAAGGUUACUGCUUUAGCUUCUGUUGCUUUUAUCAGACUGACAAUGCUUUAUUCUUCGGCGCAACAUUUUCCAGUAAUUUUUUGCGCUUAUUGA